AUGGCUAGCAAGCUGUUCCUCGCCGCCGCCCUCUUGCAGGGUGCGCUGUCUUCGCCGCUUGCCGUUGAAGAGCGUCAGGCAUGCGCUGCUCAGUGGGGUCAAUGUGGUGGACAGGACUACACCGGCCCGACGUGCUGCCAGUCCGGUAGCACCUGUGUCGUCUCCAACCAGUGGUACAGCCAGUGUCUCCCCGGCUCGAGCAACCCCACGACGACCUCCAGGACCUCGACCUCGAGCUCGAGCUCGACCUCGCGGACAUCCAGCUCGACCUCGCGCCCGCCGUCCUCGGUGCCGACCACCCCGACAUCGGUGCCUCCCACCAUCACCACGACGCCCACGACCACGCCCACGGGCGGCAGCGGUCCGGGAACCACGGCCUCGUUCACCGGCAACCCGUUCGCCGGCGUCAACCUGUUCCCCAACAAGUUCUACUCGUCCGAGGUCCACACCCUGGCCAUCCCGUCGCUGACGGGCUCGCUCGUCGCCAAGGCCUCUGCCGUCGCCCAGGUCCCGUCGUUCCAGUGGCUCGACAUUGCCGCCAAGGUCGAGACUCUGAUGCCCGGUGCGCUGGCUGACGUCAGGGCCGCCAACGCCGCUGGUGGCAACUACGCCGCGCAGCUUGUCGUCUACGAUCUGCCCGAUCGUGACUGUGCCGCCGCCGCCUCCAACGGCGAGUUCUCCAUCGCCGAUGGUGGUGUCGUCAAGUACAAGGCCUACAUUGACGCCAUCCGCAAGCAGCUCCUUGCCUACUCGGAUGUCCGCACCAUCCUGGUCAUUGAACCCGACUCCCUCGCCAACAUGGUCACCAACAUGGGUGUGCCCAAGUGCGCCGGUGCCAAGGAUGCCUACCUCGAGUGCACCAUCUAUGCCGUCAAGCAGCUGAAUCUGCCCCACGUCGCCAUGUACCUGGACGGUGGCCACGCCGGAUGGCUCGGCUGGCCUGCCAACCUCCAGCCCGCCGCCGACCUCUUUGGCAAGCUGUACGCCGAUGCUGGCAAGCCCUCGCAGCUUCGUGGCAUGGCCACCAAUGUCGCCAACUACAACGCCUGGGACCUGACCACUGCGCCUUCCUACACGACGCCAAACCCCAACUUCGACGAAAAGAAGUACAUCUCUGCCUUUGCUCCCCUCUUGGCCGCCAAGGGCUGGUCUGCCCAUUUCAUCAUUGAUCAAGGCCGCUCCGGAAAGCAGCCCACCGGCCAGAAGGAGUGGGGCCACUGGUGCAACCAGCAAGGCGUCGGCUUCGGCAGGCGCCCUUCUGCCAACACCGGCUCGGAGCUCGCGGACGCCUUCGUCUGGAUCAAGCCCGGCGGCGAGUGCGAUGGCGUCUCUGACCCUACCGCCCCCCGCUUCGACCACUUCUGCGGCACGGACUACGGCGCCAUGAGCGACGCGCCCCAGGCCGGACAGUGGUUCCAGAAGUACUUUGAGAUGCUUCUCACCAACGCCAACCCACCCUUGUAGGCGGGUAACGGCACGGACGGAUGCUUGGGACGGUAGAGUUGCCGCUGUAAAGAGGCCGUGGUAAUGCCGUGUUGUUGCUGUUCUGCUUGGGGGUGUCAGGUGCAGAGUUUGAUUUUAUCACGUGCUACCCCUGAGCACCAGGCAACACAAUCCCGACCUCGGUUUGGGUGUUCUUGUUUGUACAGACUUUAUAGCAUUCCAUGGUCCAUCGAGACGUUUCUUUAAUCAAAAUCAGCCUUGGAAG